AUGUAUUAUAAAUUUUUUAUUUUUUCUAUAUUUGUAUUAUUAUACUCUUUACAAGUCAAUGCUGGACUUGAUAAUAAUCAAAUAAAUAGAAUUCAACAAAUUCACAACCAAUGGAGAUCCAACCCGAAUCCAGCUGCCAAAAGUUCCGUUCCCCAACUUCAAUGGAGUCCUACCAUCGCUGCCACUCUGCAACAACACGCAGAUAAAUGCAAUGGACAGUUUAGUCCAAACGCAUUACACAGUGUUAAUUCAGAGUGGUUGGUUUCUUCAAUGUAUAAUUUCAAUUUAGAGGAUACAAUGAAUAAUGUAUAUAAUAGUUAUCGAGAUUAUGACUGGAAUAGCAAGUCCUGUAAAGCUGGAAAGUCAUGUCUCUAUGCUGUUUCAAUGUGGUCAAAGAGUCAACAAUACGGAUGUGCUCUGUCAAAGUGUGGAAAUACUUAUAAUUUCUUCUGUGACUAUUAUCCAGCCGGUGGAUACAAAGGUGUUACACCAUAUGAAAUCGCUACUACCACUGCGUCACCACAACCAACUACUGCUCCACCAACACCAAAGCCAACUACUGCUACACCACAGCCAACAACCAGCCCAGGAUCUGGAGGUGUUCAGCCUGUUAGAGGACCAGGUGGUACUGUCGAUUGGACAUCGUGGAUGACACCAGUCAGACAACAAGGUUCUUGUGGAAGUUGUUGGUCAUUCUCUGCGCUUGGUAACGUCGAAGCGUAUGCCGUCAUCAACGGCGGUGCCAAUAAGGACACAAUCAAUCUCUCAGAGCAACAGUGUGUAAAUUGUCUAUCACCAGGCUGUGUCGGUGGUUGGUUCGGUACCGUUUGGCAAAGUUUCCAAGGAUCCGGUGUCAACUACGAGAAUGAUGUUCCAUACACUGGAUUCGUUGGACAGUGUCGUCAACCAAGUGGAAACACCUUCAAAUGGAAAGGUUACAACUUUUUGAGAGAUACUCAGACAGCGACUAUUGUUGCACAACUCCAGAAUGGACCUGUAUCCGUUGGAAUGAUGGCCGAUGGACCAUUGUAUGGCUACAGUGGUGGAAUCUAUUCUUGCCAAUCGCAAUACAACUCACAGAACCAUGCCGUACUGAUCGUCGGUUACAACUCCGCACAAAACUACUGGAUCAUUAAAAAUACCUGGGGAUCAGGCUGGGGUGAAUCAGGUUAUUUCAGACUGACAAACAAUAAUGAUAAUUGUUUCGUAAAAGGAUUUUUAGGUGGAUAUGCAAUUGUUUAA